UGCAAACGUUCUUAAGAACCAUUAUUAAGUCGAGCUUUGUUUUGACACAAUCAAAUUGUUGAUCAUUAAGAUGCGCAUGCUCAUUGUAUUAGUCGUUGCUUUUGUCCAAACAUUGAUAGUUCGAGCCACAUUUGAUGAUGUCGAAAUGAAACUAGCAUACUACGAUGCCAGAUUCAAACAGUUGGAAAAGGAACGACAUGUAGAAAAAGAAAUCAUACAAAUGUUAAAACUCCAGGGUACACAAUUUGAAAAGCAACGAAACGAAGACAAAGAAACAAUAAAACUGUUAAAACUCCAGAUAUCACAAUUAAAAAAGGAGCAGCAUGAAGACAAAGAACAAUUUAAAAUAUUAAAACUUCAGACAACGAAGUUGGAACAGUUUCAAAGACAAGCUGUGGUUGGAAAGUAUCUGCAGUCUUCUUUUGUGAAAUCACCCCAUACUAGAGUGCCAGGCUUUGCCCCAUCUGCCUUUACUGCUUGUGUUCAGGGAUUUGAUACAAAUUUUGGAAACCACCAAACAAUUAUAUUUGAAAAGGUGAUCACAAAUGUUGGCAAUGCUUACAAUCCUAACAACGGCGAAUUCACAGCGCCCAUAAGCGGUGUGUACGCAUUCCACGUGUCACUUAUGGUUUUCUAUCAGUCGGAGACCUACUUCCAGAUCGUGAAAGACGGACAACUGAUUGACGAUAUGUACGUGGACGGACACUCAACAAACGAACUUACAACUGGUGGAGAAUUCUGGGUUCUUCAGCUUAAUGCGGGAUCGCAAGUGUGGAUACGAACAGGGAGGGCAGGAGAUCGUAUGCACGGAAACUGUCACACAAUGUUCUCUGGUUUUUUCCUAUUUGAAGUGUAACAAGAAAUAUCUUUAAACAAUAUAUUCGGCGUAUAUCCUGACUUUGAAAUAAAGGUAGACAAUU